ACUGAAAAGGAGAGAAGAUAGAGAAGGAUAGAAGAGAGAGAACACUCCCCGUCCGUUUUUCCCUAUCUUCCUCCUCUCGCUCUGUCUGUCCUCUGCUCUCCCCCUUUCUAGAAAACAUGAAGGAAGAAAGAGAAGAUAAGAAUCCGGGGGGGACGAGUGUGAACAAGAGAAAGUUCGAGGAAAGCAAGAGAGGGGGACAUUAAUAGGCGGAUGGAAGGAAGGAAGAAAUUAAGGAAGGGAUCUAUCCAGCCAUACAACGCGAUUAAACGAGACAUGAACAAACUAUAUAUUGACCUAUAUUAAACGUAGCUACUCGACUCUUCUCAACUUGUGACGUUUAAAAACUAUCUUAGGAUAGUUGAAUACGCAAACUUAGGCUAUUAGGAACCAAGUUAUCGUAUUUUCUAAUUCAUACAGCAACUUCCAGCUUUGCAAGUCACAGCUCACCCCGGAAAAGGAUUUAGCCCCAAGGACCAAGGGGCACCGAAGAGGGCAGGUCACCGCAGCCGGAGUUUAGGCGUUGCCACACGGCUUUGACCCGGAGCCAUGGCCGGGGCGAAGCCAGGAGUCCACGCUCUGCAGCUCAAACCGGUGUCGGUUCACGACAUACUAAAACGGGGGAGCAAGUUUAUCAAAUGGGAUGAGGAGCCCAACAGCAGCCACCCCACCCUGAUUACUCUGAAGGUAGACCCAGAUGGAUUCUUCCUUUACUGGACUGGUGGGGCCAACAUGGAAGUGGAAAUUCUUGACAUUAGCCAGAUAAGAGACACCAGAACGGGGAAGUUAGCCAAACUACCAAAGGACCCACGUGUCAGAGAGGUUUUGGGGUUCGGAAAACCAGGCGAGGGGGGUGUUGCCGUGGAGGGGAAGCUGGUAACGGUUGUCCACGGCAAUGACCUGGUCAACGUAUCCUUCCUCAACUUCCAGGCCAUGCAGGAAGACACUGCCAAGGUGUGGACAGAGGAGCUGUUUAAACUGGCCACAAACAUUCUGUCUCAGAAUGCAUCUCGCAACACUUUCCUCCUCAAAGCGUACACCAAAUUAAAGUUGCAGGUGAAUCAGGAUGGAAAGAUUUCAGUGAAGAAUAUUCUUAAGAUGUUUUCUGAUAAGAAGCGAGUGGAGACAGCGCUGGAGCAGUGUGGUUUGGUCACCAACAGGGUGGAGGGCAUUAAGCCAGAUGAUUUUACAUGGGAAAUGUUCCAGAGCUUUCUACACAGUCUCUGUCUACGACCAGAGAUAGAACGCAUCUUUGUCGAGCUUGGUUCUCGGGGAAAGCCGUUCCUCUCAUUGGAUCAGCUGACAGACUUUAUAAACCGUCGUCAGAGAGACUCUCGUCUAAACGAGGUCCUCUAUCCUCCUCUGAAGAGAGAGCAGAUCAGACAACUGAUGGAGAAAUACGAGAGCAACGCUAGCCAGCUGGAGAGAGACCAGAUCAGUCUGAUGGGGUUCAGUAAAUAUCUUGGAGGAGAGGAGAAUACCAUCGUCCCACCAGAGAGACUAGACAUCAUAGAUGAUAUGAACCAGCCCCUGUCCCACUACUUUAUCAACUCUUCACACAACACAUACCUCACAGUUGGUCAGUUGACAGGUCUGUCAUCGGUGGAGAUGUAUCGCCAGGUGUUGCUGACCGGCUGUCGCUGUAUAGAGCUGGACUGUUGGAAAGGACGGCCCCAGGAUGAAGAACCUUACAUCACGCACGGCUUUACCAUGACCACUGAGAUACCCUUCAAGGAGGUGAUUGAAGCAAUAGCAGAAAGUGCGUUUAAGACCUCUCCCUAUCCCGUAAUCCUCUCCUUUGAAAACCAUGUUGACUCGGCGAAGCAGCAGGCCAAGAUGGCGGAAUAUUGUAGGACUAUUUUUGGCGACGCCCUCCUCAUCGACCCUCUAGAGAAAUACCCGCUGAUCCCUGUUCAGCCCUUACCCUCGCCCCAGGAGCUGCUGGGUAAGAUUCUGAUAAAGAACAAGAAGAAGCACCACCACAGAGCGUCCAGCGGGGGCAACAUGAGGAGGAGGACAGGAGAAAUAGACGCUCUGGAGCAGGCUUCACCUGUUAACGACUUCCCAUUCAGUGACAGCGAGGGGGGCCAGCUGCUGUCCAAUGGGGAAGAGAAGCUGGCAGAGAGUCUGGUCAAGGACGGAGAUCCUCGGAAGUCAAUUGGAGGGGAGGGAGAGAGUGAUGAGGAGGAUGAAGAUGAACCUGUGGCUGAACUGAAGAAACCAAACUCUGAUGAGGGUACUGCCAGUAGUGAGGUAAAUGCGACAGAGGAGAUGUCUACUCUUGUCAACUACAUAGAACCUGUCAAGUUCAAGAGCUUUGAGGUUGCAAACAAGAGGAAUAAGUAUUUUGAGAUGUCAUCAUUUGUGGAGACCAAGGGUAUGGACACACUGAAGAGUGCACCCAUCGAGUUUGUUGAGUACAAUAAGAAGCAGCUGAGUCGUAUCUAUCCUAAAGGGACGAGAGUUGAUAGUUCAAACUACAUGCCCCAACUCUUCUGGAACGUAGGCUGUCAGAUGGUGGCGCUAAACUUCCAGACACUCGACCUGCCCAUGCAGUUGAACAUGGGUGUGUUUGAGUAUAAUGGACACAGUGGUUACCUGCUCAAACCAGAAUUCAUGAGAAGGACAGACAAACACUUUGACCCCUUCACUGAAAACAUAGUGGACGGCAUCGUAGCCAACACCGUCAAGAUCAGGGUGAUCUCGGGCCAGUUCCUGACCGAUAAGAAAGUGGGUGUGUACGUGGAAGUGGACAUAUUUGGACUUCCUGCUGACACAAAGAGGAAGUACCGUACCAGAACUUCCAAUGGUAACAGCCUGGACCCAGUCUGGGACGAUGAGACUUUUGUCUUCAACAAGGUGGUCCUGCCCACUCUGGCCUCUCUGAGGAUAGCUGUGUUUGAGGAGAACGGGAAGUUCCUCGGACAUCGGAUCUGCCCUGUGUCAACCAUCCGACCGGGUUACCACUACAUCAGUCUGAAGAAUGAGAUGAACCAGCCUCUGUUGCUUCCCUCUCUAUUGGUCUACACCGAGGCUCAAGACUACAUUCCUAAUGAACACCAGGAGUAUGCUGAGGCCUUGACCAACCCCAUCAAACAUGUGAGUCUUUUGGACCAGAGAGAGAGACAGCUAGCUGCUCUGAUGGAGGACAACGGCGAGCGUGUAUUGGAGCAGCCGAAGGAGGGAGAGAGGGAUCGGAAGGGCGACGUCCCCCUGGGAAAGAUCCUCCCCCUCCACCCCGUCCCCGCCCCCAUUGAUGACAUCAGCGACCUCAUCAGCUCACCUGGACCAGGCCAGAAAGAGGAUCUUAUUGCUACAGUCCUGGCAAAUCUCCAGGCUCAGUCUACAGAAGAGUUGAAACAGCAGAAGUCGUAUCUGAAGCUGUUGAAGAAACAAUGUAAAGAACUCAAGGAGCUCCGCAAGAAACACCUCAAGAAGGUGUGGGCCUUGAGUAAAGAUCAGAGGAGUCGCUGUAACCAGCUCCGCUCUGACACACAGAGACGACGCAGUCAGAUGGAGAAACAUCUCAAAAGCAGCAUGAAGAAAAAUGAGCCAGCAGAGCCGGUGCAGAGGCAGUUGACAGCAUUGGAGAUGGAGUUACAGAAACAGACGGUGCAGCUGAGAGAGUGGCAGAUGCAAGAGCUCCUAAAACUACGGCAACAACAACACACACUGGAGAGAGAGAAGAAACACACACACCUACGAGAGGCAUUUCAGAAAAUAAAGGAGACAUCCCAGGAAUGUCAGACGGCUCAGCUCAAAAAACUUAAGGAGAUCUGUGAGAGAGAGAAGAAGGAGCUUCAAAAGAUUCUAGACAGGAAGAGACAGCACAGCAUUAUCGAGGCCAAGAGCAGAGACAGAGACAAGGCUGAGUCGGAACUGAAUGAGAUCAACAGGAAGCAUAUCUCAGACUCUGUCACGUUAAUCCGCCGGUUGGAUGAGGCCCAGUCAAGGCGUCAGGAGAAGUUGGUAAUUGGUCAGAGAGAAGCCCAACGACACAUAGAAGAGGAGCAACCAUUGCUGCAGGCCCGAUUGGAGCGAGACUUGGAGGUGGAGUUACAACGUCUACCAGAGGAGAUCUGCCAAUACCUGCAGGCGGAACUCGAGUCCAAAGGUCUCCGUAGCGACGCUCUCUUCUCCUUAUCCAAUCACAGCCCUAGCUCCAGCUCGGGUCCGCCCUCCAACUGCUCCACCCCCACUUUUCCCUUAACACCCAAUAGGAGCACCUGGAACAGGAGUCUGGACAAUAGCAUUGCCUCAUUGGUGGACUCAUCCUCUUCCUCUACCCCUGUCCUAUCAGAAGCAGAUAUGUAAGCCAUAUGUACAUUUAUGUAAACCUAAUGGUCCUGAGCUUCAGUUAGUUUUUUUGUUAAUGUUUUCAUUAAAAAAAAAAUUUUUUUUUUCUUCUCACCAGGGUUUUAGAUAGAUGGAGGUUACCAAAAGUUUUUGGUUGAUUUUGAACUUCCCAGGAAAAUGCCCUGUGUGUUUUCACAUGUUGGCUGCGUCCCAAAUGGCACCCUUUCCCCUAUUUAGUACAUUAGUUUUGACCAGAGCCCUAUUGAGAAUAGGGUACAUUGGGACAUAUUCUGUAUGUGGACAGUGGACAAGAAUAUUCUGUGGAUAUAUUAUUAUUAUUAAUCUGUGUAAUGUAAUAUUGUUGUUUUACAUGACCUGUACUACUGACUAAAUGUGUCUUUGGGGAGAAAGGAGGGAUGAAUGGAGAAGAGGAGGAGAAGUGAUCGUGGUAGUGAACAAUUUAGAUUUUUGGGGGGAGCGAUGCUGAUUUGCUCUGGAAUAGAAAGACCUUUCUCUCUCCUCUGGAAUAGAAAAACCUUCCUCACCAAUCCUCCCCCACUGGUACUUGCUGCCUGUCUGUCUUGGUAUAUAAUAUUAUAAUAUGCCUCUGUGUAUAUUCAUCAACAUUAUUUUACCACUUUUUUAAUCUUUAAUUUGUUUUUAUAUUUUUUUGUGAUGGAUGAUCUAUUUAAUUUAGUCAGCUGAGCAAAUGCAGAGAUUCUUUUUUGGGUGGGGGGUUAAUGGUCGGGUUGCUAUGGUAACCAGGGGAGACGACUUUGCUGUGUUAUUUUAGCAAUCAUCGUACCCCUUCCCCCUCCCGUUUGGUUGUGAGGGUCUAUUUAAAAGUUUGAACGUUUUCAUACACAUUAUUGAUUGAAUGGUUCACACCAUUGCUAGCAGGGAGAAGACCUCACACACGUCAAAAAAAAUGUAAGUUCCAAGUACCAUGGUGUCAGGGUACCUCUAGUGGUUAAGACCAUUGGGCCAGUAACUGAAAGGUUACUGGUUCGAAUCCCUGAGCUAAUUAGGUGAAAAAUGUGUUGAUGUGCCCUUGAGCAAGGUACUUAACCCUAAUUGCUCCAGUAAGUCGCUCUGGAUAAGAGCGUCUGAUAAAUUACUAAAAUGUAUAUGUACAUUUAGGACCCCAAAAGUUGUUUUAUUUUUACACUGAUGUGGUUUCGGAUCAGGGAACAUGAAUCCCAAUUUAUAUGUAUUUAUGUACAUCGGAGCAUUAGUUUGGACUUACAUUUAUUUAUUUAUUUGAUCAGCACAUGUACUUAGUGCUAAAGAUGGUCUUUAUGAUUUUAGGAAACCCAUCCUAGUAUGUGUUUAACACACAGAACAACAGCUUUAACCAGUGUCUCUGUGUCUCGCUUUUCCUUACGAGAAUAUGUUUUUAAAAGCUGAAUUUAAAGUUUUGAAACAUUUUUUGUUAUUGCUCUUUUAUCACACGGUUUUAUUUGUUUCAAAACCUUUUAUUCAAAGAAGUCAUGACAACCAUUUCUUAAAUAGUUUAUAGUGUCACCUUAGCUAUUAGGUAGCCAGAGGCAGAGCCAUAUACAGUUGAAGUCGGAAGUUUACAUACACCUUAGCCAAAUACAUUUAAACUCAGUUUUUCAAUAUUCCUGACAUUUAAUCCAAGUAAACAUUCCCUGUUUUAGGUCAGUGAUAAUCACCACUUUGUUUUAAGAAUGUGAAAUGUCAGAAUAAUAGUAGAGAGAAUGAUUUAUUUCAGCUUUUAUUUCUUACAUCACAUUCCCAGUGGGUUAGAAGUUUACAUACACUCAAUUAGUAUUUGGUAGCAUUGCCUUUAAAUUGUUUAACUUGGGUUAAACAUAUCAGGCAGCCUUCCACAAGCUUCCCACAAUAAGUUGGGUGAAUUUUGGCCCAUUCCCCCUAACAGAGUUGGUGUAACUGAGUCAGGUUUUUGGCCUCCUUGCUCACACAUGCUUUUUCAGUUCUGCCCACACAUUUUCUAUAGGAUUGAGGUCAGGGCUUUGUGAUGGCCACUCCAAUACCUUGACUUUGGUGUCCUUAAGCCAUUUUGCCACAACUUUGAAAGAAUGCUUUGGGUCAUUGUCCAUUUGGAAGACCCAUUUGCGACCAAGCUUUAACUUCCUGACUGAUGUCUUAAGAUGUUGCUUCAAUAUAUCCACCUAAUUUUCCUCCUCAUGAUGCCAUCUAUUUUGUGAAGUGCACCAGUCCCUCCUGCAGCAAAGCACCCCCACAACAUGAUGUUGCCACCCCUGUGCUUCACGGUUGGGAUGGUGUUCUUUGGCUUGCAAGCCUCCCCCUUUUUCUUCCAAACAAAACGAUGGUCAUUAUGGCCAAACAGUUCUAUUUUUGUUUCAUCAGACCAGAGGACAUUUCUCCAAAAAGUACAAUCUUUGUCCCCCCUUUUUUAUGGCGGUUUUGGAACAGUUGCUUCUCCUUGCUGAGCGGCCUAUCAGGUUAUGUCGAUAUAUGACUCGUUUUACUAUUGACAUAGAUACUUCUGUACCUGUUUCCUCCAGCAUCUUCACAAGGUCCUUUGCUGUUCUGGAUUUGAUUUUCACUUGUCGCACCAAAGUACGUUAAUCUCUAGGAGACAGAACGUGUCGCCUUCCUGAGCGGUAUGACGGCUGCUUGGUGCCAUUGUGUUUAUACUUGCGUACUAUUGUUUGUACAGAUGAACGUGGUAUCUUCAAGUGUUGGGAAAUUGCUCCCAAGGAUGAACCAGACUUGUGGAGGUCUACAAUUUAUUUUCUGAGGUCUUGGCUGAUUUCUUUGGAUGAUGUCAAGCAAAAGAGACACUGAGUUUGAAGGUAGGCCUUGAAAUACAUCCAUAGGUACACCUCCAAUUGACUCAAAUGAUGUCAAUUCACUUAUCAGAAGCUUCUAAAGGCUGUUUAAAGGCACAGUCAACUUAGUGUAUGUAAACUUUUGAACCACUGGAAUUGUGAUACAGUGAAUUAUAAGUGAAAUAAUCUGUCUGUAAACAAUUGUUGGAAAAUGACUUGUGUCAUGCACAAAGUAGAUUGCCAAAACUAUAAUUUGUUAACAAGAAAUUUGUGGAGUGGUUGAAAAACGUGUUUUAAUGACUCCAACCUAAGUGUAUGUAAAUUUCCGACUUCAACUGUAUAUAGAGAGUUCGGCCAAUUUUUAGAAUGGACACCAUGUUGCUGCCAUUGAGCAUUCCAUUUAUCCAUUCAUGACAAGCAUUUGGAUUUUAAAUAAAUUCAAGAUGUUCAGUUACUUAGCAUGUUUAAAUUAAGAAAAUUCUAUAAACUGCUAUUUGUCAAUAAUG